CCCUGUGCUACAUUGAAUUUAUGAAGAAAACUGUGAACUGAGGUCAGAGAAAAUUCUUCAUGAGCUGAAGUCAUAGAGUCUUGUGUUUAACAGCAGCAUAACUAUAUCAAAACAUCUGCUUAUAAACUCUCACACAGCUCGUGCAGUAUAAUCCAAGUCUCAUAAAUCCCGUCAGACACUGAAACAGGGAACUGAGCAGAAAGUGAAAGUUUAUCUAUAAUCUCCUCAAAGCCAUUAAAUGUAGAGAUAUCAGAGUGUGGGGGCUUUCUUGGACAGGCGCCACAAGCAGUUGGGGGUUUAGUGCCGUGCUCAAGUGCACCUAAAAGGCACCUCUUCAGCUACCAGUCCACACUCUGUACUUGAACACAAGACCCUGUGGUUCCCAAGCCAAGUCCCUGUGGAUUGAGCUACUGACCUAUAAAAUUCUAUGCAGGUUUUUAUCUCUCACUCCAGACUUUAGUCCAUGUCAGAAUACUUUUCUUCCCAGUGGUCUGAUCGGUCAGAGGUCAGAAUGCUGACAGGAUGUGAUCAGACACUUUGAAGUUAACCUGCGGAGAAGGAGGAGGAGGAGGAGGAGGAGGAGGAGGAGGUUAACUCUUUGGUGUAAGUUACCCAGGUGAUUUAUAAUGGUAAUAGAAUAUCCAUAAAGACGACAUUUGACGCCCAUUUGAACAGGUUCCGUGUUUGGCUUUGUAACAGACACUCUGAUUGGUAGACACGAAACCCAGUAAUACUUGAGCAAUUAAUAGGAUUAAGAGAUACAAUUUCGCUGGGUUUCCCAAAGUUUGCUGAACUCGUGGGAUUUUUUUUGUACCACCUGAUGAGUUUGUUGUUUUUUUUUGAACAAUAGAAAAAUUAUAUAUUCAAAUACAGUCAAAAGUAAAAUUGGUUUUAAACGGUUCUAUGCCAAAUCUGGUGAUAUGUUACUUAUCUCAAUAAUUUGGCAAAUAUAUUUGAACAUUUGUUGUGUAUCUAAAGUUCAUAACAUGUAUAUAUUUGAUACAAAGUAUAAUUUAUUUUAAAAAAUGAAACUCCACUUUAAAGAAAUUCAAGUUUUCAAAUGGUGAUGACUGACUGGAAGAUGAAUGAAAACACACUGAAAUCCAUGGGUAGCCUCAGAAUGUUCUAUAAGGGUGCUUCUCUUAGGCGUUUUAUGGGUUCCCAUAAAACGGGGUAAAGAGUUAAAAAGUUGGCUCAGAUUCACCAAAGUCACACAAUAUCUCAAACUUACUGGUUGCAGCAGUGCCAGACCAGCAGCACCCAUGUUCAGAAAGGUACAAUUGCUGUUUUUGUCAGUGGAGUCUGGCUUUGAAGAGGGACGCGUUUUUAUUUCGCUUCGCAGUCAGACAGGACUGUCUGUUUGGGAAGUACUAAUAAUAGAGAUAAAUAUCAGCUUAAUACAUUUUAUUUAUAUCGUGCUUUUCAGGUUACACAAAGACACUUUACACAACUGUAUAAAUCAGAUUUGGAUUACACUGCACAAGCUGUGUGAGAGUUUGUAAACAAAUGUCUUGAUUUAGUUUUGCUGUUGUUUAACAUAGUUACCUAUGACUUCAAUUCAUCAAAAACUUCCUUUGUUUUUUGGAUUCUUCGUUCACCAUGGAGGCAUGUGGGAAAAGCAAAGUUUUAUUCACAAAUUCAAAGUAACACAAGUAAGUUUUGAUCACAAAUGGUCAUUUGGGGGGGUGAAAAGUUAUUCUUUAUCAGUUCCUCACUGUUCUUUGUGCCUUGUGUUGUUGUUUUUUGCCCAUCAACUCCACACUCAUUUUUACUUCUCUUUUACAGUGUGAACAUGCGUACAGUCUUACAAAUCAAGCUUGUGAGUUUCUGUCAGAUAAAUGCAGUUCAAUCUUUCAACCAGUAGAUGGCAGCAGAAUUUCAACCAACUCUGAAAAUGUUUACAUCUGUUACUCUAACACUGUCCUUUAUCAUGAUUGUAGCGAUGCCCUCUCAGGCCUGGCCUUCACACCACUAUUGGUCUAGACAGGUAUGGAUCCUGUGAGUAACAGCUCUAUGAGGAGCUGUCAGGAGCCCAGUCAGCACAAGGUCUGGAGAUGCCUCAUUCAGAGGGAAAGCAGAUCCCACUUCGCCUUCAACCUCCAUCCCAUUCUCUCUCAACCAGGUCAUUUGCAAACAUCAACAGUGCAGCAUGUGUGUGUGUGUGUAAGAGCCAAUGCUGUGUUUAUUAUCUCUGCAUGAAAUGAAAUGAUUGUGAUGGUGCCCUGUGAUCCACUCAGUAACCAUGUACAAUGAGUUUAGACGUGCCUCUAUUUAAAAACCUUUAUUUUGUGCACAUUUAAGGCAUAAAUCAUCACGUCAAAGAGGCAAUAGCCUUUCCGGAAAACAAUUACACACUUCCAGUCGCUGCCAUUCAUCUGGGAGAGACUGAGAUUGAUUUCCUGAAUGUUGCAUUAUGUGCAUAAAUGAAAUGCAAGGGACAUCUGGAUUUAUCAGACAUCAUUUUGAGUAACUGGAGAAACCACUGUGCACUCAUCCAGAGUCAAAAUUUAGCACGUGUUAUGGAUGUCACACACCAUCAAGUUUGUCAAGUCUCAGAUGUAUGGAUUCAUGCCAGCCGCGGUGUGUUUUACGAUUCUCCUCAGCUUUGCAGUGCACAGGAGAUAUUUGCCUGCUGCUGUUGUGGAGAAGAAGGAUGGCUCAUAUUUCCAAGGACACUUGGACACUUUAACGUUAUUUAAAACACAAACGGACUGCAGGUUGGUGGUGAAAAAUGAUCAGUUAGGGCUGUUUGUCAGCUGCUGCGCCUACAUGGAGCAGAUCAUCAACCUCCUGCUGCUCACUGCUUUUUGAAACUGGUCUUUACAGGAGGCUUUGUAACAAAAUCCACAGUGAGUGUAGGUGCUGUGAUGUGUUACAUAUAGAAAUAUCUGGAAACACGAGCCAUGUAAUCUUCCAUUUGCCUCCCAAUUGACAGAUUAAUGAUUAAAGAACCCAUGUAUUAAAAUACAACCAAAUGCCACACAAAGGUCUAUUGGAUUUUCUCCACUGAAACUGGACUCCUUGCAUGUUGGAAUAAGUUAAAACAGCACCUUCCCAUGGUGCACUUCACAUUGAUCGGUUUGGUCCAGAUCUCAUUUGUCUGGUGUGUGCUGCCCCUGCAGGGCUUAUUACACUUAUCUUUAAAAUGCCAUGUAGAAGGUAGCAAAACAAAACACAUUGGCUGACUUUGUGAGGUAUAAGACACAACCUGUUGGUACUUUUUACUGAAUGGACACAGUUUUUUGUUCUUGUUGUGUGAAAGGGGACAGGAAAGGGACCCAGAGCCACAGUUGUGUGUCGGUCUAUACAUUUUUCUUUCAUGCAUAGACCCAGCCUGACCUCAUUUCGCUCUGUGAGUUUUACUGGUCUUGUUUUAUCAGGCCAACAUUACGCUAUUUUUGUGCGAAUGUCACUUCCAGCAAAGCACGACCCAGACUAGUUCAGGGUCACGGGGAGGACUACAGCCAGGGGACAGGACUGUGGCACAAUUUAAGCAUAUGUGAUUAUUUGCAUCAUAGAAAAUUUAAUUUCAACUGAAUAUGAGGAGAAAAAAAGCGUUUUUGUUGUAAUAAUCAGUCACCUUCAUAUGUCACGCGCAAAGGGAGACACCUGACGUCUCCACCACUACGCGCGCCUCCCCCGUGGCUGCCAAAUUAGAGUGUAAGAAAAAAAAACAAAAAAGAAGCAGCUCAGCGCGUGUUAGCAACAGUCACACAGCCACGGAGCGUCGGUGGACAUGUAGUAAGUGAGCGCUUCAUCUGUGAGCUUUCCUUAUUCACAUUCGCCUGCGCGCAAUGGCACCGCGCGCUCCUCCUGCUGCUCCCCCACCCCGCUCGCCUCGCUGUGCUGGACGCGAUGACCGGAUAACUUUUACCUCUGCAGGGAUGAUGCUUUCCCUCGAUGGCAUCUGAUGAAUCCUUCACUGGGAAACAGUAACAGGUCUGCCAAACACCUCACCUCCCAUGUCCCCGGGACGUCUCCAUGGCGAUGUUUAGCAGCGCAGAGCGGCUCUGGAACGAAUCAGACCGUCUUGGAUGGGACUCAGAGAGGAAUGAGAGCUCAGAGGCGUCGGGGCAGGAUGAGCGUAACUACUAUGCCAUGCUGUACUCCCUGCUCAUUCUUGCCAUCGUGUUUGGAAACGUGCUGGUGUGUCUGGCUGUGCUGAGGGAGCGUUCACUCCAGACGACCACCAACUACCUGGUGGUCAGCCUGGCUGUGGCGGACCUGCUGGUGGCCUCGCUGGUCAUGCCCUGGGCUGUUUACCUGGAGGUGGUCGGCGGUGCCUGGCUUUUCAGCCGGCUCUACUGUAACAUCUUUGUCACGCUAGAUGUGAUGAUGUGCACCGCCAGUAUCCUCAACCUGUGUGCUAUCAGCAUUGACAGGUACACAGCAGUGGUGAUGCCUGUCUUGUACAACACCACCCAUCGCUCCAGGAAGAGAGUUUUUGUGAUGAUUGUCACUGUGUGGGUCCUGGCUUUCACCGUCUCCUGUCCGCUGCUGUUUGGUUUCAACACCACAGAUGACCCCAUGGUCUGCUCCAUCUCCAACCCCGACUUUGUGAUCUACUCCUCGGUGGUGUCCUUCUACCUGCCGUUUGUUGUCACUCUGCUGGUCUACAUCCGCAUCUACGUCUUCCUCAGGAUGAGGCGGAAGAGGAUCACCUUCGGCCAGGCCAGUGGAAAGGUGCAGCCGGGCUCAACUCCACCAUCUGUGGAGACCUGUCUACAAGAGGAGACUCCCAAGGCGAGGCAAGACCUGUCACCUAUAAGAAUCAAAGUGCAGAGUGUAGAGCCUUCAGAUCCCUCCAAGCCCAACCUGUUGUCAGGAUGCCUGUGGCGCAAACGUCCAAAGACGGGACCUGUGGGGAACUCUGUGCUGCCCCAGGUGGACACGCAGAACUGCUGCAGCAUCAGCCACGCCUCCUGUGGCCGCACUGAAUUGGAUCUGGAGCAGGAUCGGGAGGAGGAGAAGGCGGAGGAGAGCAACCAAAAUGAACAGCCUCCUGUCAGGAUGAGCUGCGAGGUGAAGAAUCUGUCCAAUGGACGAACACACACGUCACUGCGGUCGAUGGUACAUUCUCACAUCAACAAUCCACGAUUCAGGAGUAUGCACGCACGGGAGAAAAAGGCCACUCAGAUGUUGGCAAUUGUUCUUGGGGUGUUUCUCAUCUGCUGGCUGCCUUUCUUUGUGACUCACAUUCUGAACACCCACUGCCGGACAUGCUACGUGCCUCCUGGGCUUUACAGUGCUUUCACCUGGUUGGGUUAUGUCAACAGUGCUCUCAACCCUAUUAUCUACACCACCUUCAAUAUCGAGUUCAGACGAGCCUUCAUCAAGAUCCUCAGCUGCUGAGGAAGACGGUGCCAGGAAAUUAAAAUGGAAAUGAGGCUGUGCACUCGUGCUGCAACUCAAGCAUGGUGCAUUUGGUUAACAGUGACCACAGAUGUACACUGGUCAUGGUCCAAAUAAGCAAAGCUGUCCGACAGGAGUCACACAGCAGCAGCAAGGUGAAGCAUGAAAAACAAGAGACGCUGUGAUGUGCAAUAAAUACAAACACCAGAAGAUUUUUUUCCUUAGAGUGCUGGGACUCCAUUUGAACAGUAUUACUCCACUGAUAAGACUUAUAUUUUCACUUGCGCACAGUCUUAUUGAUAGCACAGGGUGUUGGACUUUCUUGUGGAUUUGUCUUGUACAGUAUUUGUGCUGCUCUUUGGCACAGGACUUUUCAAUCAAUGUGUGUGGAAGCCCAAGAUGAAGCUUUAAGGCUAAAGUAAUCACAAAGCUGUGGGCCACUUUGUCCUAAAACGCGUUGCCACCGCACUGUGUGAUCAACUGAUGUUACUCACUUCCCCCACUCACCAUCAUCGCCAUCAGUUACUCUCCAGUGCAUGCACACAUCAGAUUUCAAGGGCGCUCACUUGAACUGUGCUGGAAGGAUUGUAUUGAUUUCUGCCAAGACUCACAUCAUUCUGAAGAUUGUCAUUUGUACUGAUGUGGAGGCAUUGUGCUCAGUGUGGAUUCAUUAUAAUUAAAUUGUGAGAUUUUGAUGUAAAGCACAGUGGAAAAAAAUUCUGUUUUUUUUUUUAAGGGACUGUCUAUUUAUUGGCAAAUCCUCCCGUAAAUUUAGAGCUGCCUGCUGGCUGUUCUGAUGUGCUGAUGAAAACUGGAGUUUUGUGAUCUUAAAGAUAUACUGUGCAGGAUUGUCCUGAUAAAACACUGUGUAGACUCAUACAGAGGUAAUCCCUCUCAAUCAUUAUUUAUGACCUACUGGAAGUGUGUGGCGGUGUAUUGAUCUGCAGAACUCUGCCUCUGACUGUGUUUUCUUAUUUUCUGUGAGCACUUAUUCCUACAGCACUUAGGCGGGGUAGCGACCAGGUGCUAGCAGGCAUGUUAGAGACACAGCACCACAAGGAACCCUACAAAUAAAAUGAGGCCAAACGCCAACCGAGAGUAAGUCUGAGGUUGGCUUUUAAACCCCAAUUCCAAAAAAGUUUGGACGCUGUGUUAAAUGUGCAUAAAAACAAAAUGCAAUAAUCUGCAAUUCCUUUUUGACAUACAGUGGGAGAUUAAGUAUUAAACAUGUCCACAUUUUCCUCAAACCUAUUUCCAGUGCAGCUAUUUACAUGGAAUUUAGACCAGACAUGGGUAUUAACCAAGUGUCAACCUUCAGAGCUGAAAAAUGAAGCCAACACAAAAGUGCCAAAAACUGCAGUUCCUCUAAUGGCCACUUGAGACUGGCUCCAUAAGCGACUCAAUCCCCUUAGACCCCCCAUGUUAAAAUGCCCGACUUUACAGCAGAAAUAAACAUGUUUAUAACCUGGUUCAAAACAUUUUGGUCUCUAUAGCUAAUUUCAACAUUUAUGACAACCGUACAGGGGGUGAAUGUUUAUAUAGCUCACCCGUUAUUGAGGCUUAAAGUUACACAUAAUUAAAGGUGGGGUCGCUUUGAGUGACAGGCUGUCUGCCGAUAUUGUCCUCAGCUUCUCAGUUAGAUGCAACCUCGCUCAUCCACAGUGCCAGCCUCUUGUCCAAAUAGGGUCACUUCUGGUUUCAAAAGACCAAGAUGGUGAUGGCAAUGGCCGUAAUGGCGAACUCGAGGCUUCAAGGCAGGAGUCCACAAACCAGUGGGUGACAUCACUGUAGCUACAUGCACUAUUUUAUACAGUCUUUGGUAAUAACUCAAUAAAACUACACAGAUAAAGAAAUCAUAACAU